AUGGCUCAAAUCUCUAAUCCAAUUACUCCACCAAUGAAGUCUACUGGUGACCGUAUGAUGACUUUGGAAACCCAAGAUGGUAUUGCCUUGCAAGGUUACUCAUUUGGUGCUCCAGUUGCAGCAGCUGGUGAAGUUGUUUUCCAAACUGGUAUGGUUGGUUACCCAGAAUCUAUUACUGAUCCAUCUUAUGAGGGUCAAAUUUUAGUUAUCACCUAUCCAUUAGUUGGUAACUAUGGUGUUCCAGAUCGUUCAUUGAAGGACGAUGACGUUCCAGAAUUACCAAAGUGCUUCGAAUCCAACAAAAUCCACAUUGCUGGUUUAGUUGUUGCCCAUUACACCGAAGAAUAUUCUCAUUUCUUAGCCAAGUCUUCCUUAGGUCAAUGGUUACAAGAACAAGGCAUUCCUGCUAUUUACGGUGUUGAUACCAGAUCCUUAACCAAAAGAUUAAGAGAAAAGGGUUCUACUUUAGGUAGAUUGGCUUUACAAAAGUCUUCUUCUAUGAGUAGUGAAAUUAUUGAAACCUCAAAAUGGGAACAACAUUUUGAAAUUCCUGAAUGGGAUGAUCCAAAUGUCAAAAACUUGGUUGCUAAGGUUUCUACUAAAGAACCAGUCUUAUAUACCCCAAAGAAUGAUGUAAAAGUUGGUAAGAAUGGUAAGCCACUUAGAAUAUUGGCAGUUGAUGUUGGUAUGAAAUAUAACCAAAUCCGUUGUUUCAUCAGACGUGGUGUUGAAUUAAAGGUCGUUCCAUGGGAUUAUGAUUUCUCGACUGAAGAAUAUGAUGGUUUAUUCAUUUCCAAUGGUCCAGGUGAUCCAUCUGUCAUGACCAACACCGUUUCAACAUUGCAAAAAGUUUUGGAAGCAGGUAAAACUCCGGUAUUUGGUAUUUGUUUAGGUCACCAGUUAUUAGCUAGAGCAACUGGUGCCUCAACUUUGAAGUUAAAGUUCGGUAACCGUGGUCAUAAUAUUCCAUGUACUUCGACCAUUUCUGGUAGAUGUUACAUUACUUCCCAAAACCAUGGUUAUGCAGUUGAUACUAAUACAUUAUCAUCUGGUUGGAAGGAAUUGUUUGUAAAUGCCAAUGAUGGUUCCAACGAAGGUAUCUAUCAUGACUCUAAGCCAUAUUUCUCGGUCCAAUUCCAUCCUGAAUCUACUCCAGGACCAAGAGAUACUGAAUUCUUGUUCGAUGUUUUUAUCCAAUCUGUUGUUGACUUCAACAAGUCCGGUGUUCAGAAAGCAGUCGAAUUCCCAGGUGGCUUAGUCGAAGAAAAUAGAGCUGCUCAUCCAAAGGUUGAUGUCAAAAAGGUGUUAGUUUUGGGUUCCGGUGGUUUAUCCAUUGGUCAAGCUGGUGAAUUCGAUUACUCUGGUUCCCAAGCUAUUAAGGCUUUGAAGGAAGAAGGUAUUUAUACCGUGUUAAUUAAUCCUAACAUUGCAACUAUCCAAACUUCUAAGGGUUUAGCUGAUAAGGUUUAUUUCUUACCAGUUACCGCAGACUUCGUUAGAAAAGUUAUCAAGCACGAACGUCCAGAUGGUAUUUAUUGUACUUUUGGUGGUCAAACUGCAUUAGGUGUUGGUAUCAAAUUGAAGGAUGAGUUCGAAGAUUUGGGUGUUAAAGUUUUAGGUACUCCUAUUGAUACUGUUAUCACCACAGAAGAUAGAGAAUUAUUCUCUCAAGCUAUGGAUGAAAUCAAUGAAAAGUGUGCUAAAUCCGAAGCUGCAAACAAUGUUUCGGAAGCUGUUGCUGCUGCAAAUUCUAUUGGUUAUCCAUUGAUCAUUAGAGCUGCCUACGCAUUAGGUGGUUUAGGUUCAGGGUUUGCCGAUAACGAGCAAGAAUUAGUUGCUUUAUGUAACAAGGCGUUUGCAACCUCUCCUCAAGUUUUAGUUGAAAGAUCCAUGAAGGGCUGGAAGGAAGUUGAAUACGAAGUUGUUCGUGAUGCUUUCGAUAAUUGUAUCACCGUUUGUAAUAUGGAAAAUUUCGAUCCUUUAGGUAUUCAUACUGGUGAUUCUAUUGUUGUUGCUCCAUCUCAAACAUUAUCUGAUGAAGAUUAUAAUAUGUUAAGAACAACAGCUGUAAAUGUUAUUAGACAUUUAGGUGUUGUUGGUGAAUGUAAUAUUCAGUAUGCUUUAAAUCCAUUUUCAAAAGAGUAUUGUAUUAUUGAAGUUAAUGCUAGAUUAUCACGUUCAUCAGCCUUAGCAUCUAAAGCUACUGGAUACCCAUUGGCUUACACAGCCGCGAAGUUAGGUUUGAAUAUUCCAUUGAACGAAAUCAAGAACUCUGUUACAAAAUCUACCUGUGCAUGUUUUGAACCAUCGUUAGAUUACGUUGUUGUUAAGAUUCCUAGAUGGGACUUAAAGAAAUUUACCAGAGUUUCAUCCUUGUUAUCCUCUUCAAUGAAAUCUGUUGGUGAAGUUAUGUCUAUUGGUAGAACCUUUGAAGAGGCUAUUCAAAAGGCUAUUAGAUCCACUGAUUAUCAGAAUUUGGGUUUCAAUAAGACUUCUGCCUUGAUGUCAAUCGAUAUUGAUAAUGAAUUACAGACACCAUCGGAUCAACGUUUAUUUGCUAUUGCAAAUGCAUUAUCAGAUGGAUACUCUGUUGAGAAGGUUUGGAAGUUAACUAACAUUGACAAGUGGUUCUUGAACAAAUUAGAUGGUUUAAUUAAAUUCGGUAACUUAAUUAGCUCUUACGGUGUUAAGGAAAAUUUACCUGUUCCUGUUUUGAAGCAAGCCAAACAAUUAGGUUUUGAGGAUAGACAAAUCGCAAAAUUCUUAAACUCCAAUGAAGUUGCGAUUAGAAGAUUAAGAAAAGAAGCAGGUGUUAUUCCAUUUGUCAAGCAAAUCGAUACUGUUGCUGCCGAGUUCCCAGCUUUCACCAACUACUUAUAUAUCACUUAUAAUGCUGAUUCUUCUGAUGUUUCAUUUGAUGAUCAUGGUGUUAUUGUCUUAGGUUCAGGUGUCUACCGUAUCGGUUCUUCUGUCGAAUUCGAUUGGUGUGCAGUUAGAGCUAUUAGAACCUUACGUGAAAAUGGUACUAAGACAAUUAUGGUUAACUAUAAUCCAGAAACUGUUUCUACUGAUUAUGAUGAAGCUGACAGAUUAUAUUUCGAAACAAUCAACUUGGAAAGAGUCUUAGAUAUUUACGACUUAGAACAAUCAUCAGGUGUGGUUAUUUCUAUGGGUGGUCAAACUUCAAAUAAUAUUGCUUUGCCAUUAUACCGUCAAAAUGUUAAGAUUUUGGGAACUUCUCCAGAAAUGAUUGACUCUGCUGAAAAUAGAUAUAAAUUCUCGAGAAUGUUGGAUAGAAUUGGGGUUGAUCAACCAGCCUGGAAAGAAUUGACCUCUGUCGAUGAAGCUGAAGAUUUCGCUGAAAAAGUUACUUAUCCAGUUUUGGUUCGUCCAUCUUAUGUCUUAUCAGGUGCUGCCAUGAACACUGUUUACUCGAGAGACGAUUUAGCUUCUUAUUUAUCUCAAGCUGUUGAUGUAUCUCCUGAUUAUCCUGUUGUUAUUACCAAAUAUAUUGAGAACGCAAAGGAAAUUGAAAUGGAUGCUGUUGCGAAGGACGGUAAAAUGAUCAUGCAUGUUGUCUCUGAGCACGUAGAAAACGCUGGUGUUCAUUCAGGUGAUGCUACUUUGGUUGUACCACCUCAAGAUUUAGACCCAGAAACUGUUAGACGUAUCGUUGAAGCUACGGCAAAGAUUGGUAAGGCUUUAGAUAUUACUGGUCCUUAUAAUAUUCAAUUCAUCGCUAAAGAUAAUGAUAUUAAGGUUAUCGAAUGUAACGUCCGUGCUUCUCGUUCCUUCCCAUUUAUUUCUAAGGUUGUUGGAACUGAUUUAAUUGAAAUGGCCACUAAGGCUAUUAUGGAUAUGCCACUCACUCCAUACCCAGGUGAAAAAUUACCAGAAGAUUAUUGUGCAGUAAAGGUUCCGCAAUUCUCUUUCUCACGUCUUGCUGGUGCUGAUCCUGUUUUAGGUGUUGAAAUGGCUUCGACAGGUGAAGUUGCUACUUUUGGUAAGAAUAAAUAUGAAGCUUAUUUGAAAUCAUUAAUUUCGACUGGUUUCAAAUUACCAAAGAAGAACAUUUUAUUCUCGAUUGGUUCUUAUAAAGAAAAACAAGAAUUAUUACCAUCGAUUAGAAAAUUACACGAGUUAGGCUAUAAGAUCUUUGCAACUGCUGGUACAGCAGAUUUCAUCAAAGAGCAUUCAAUUCCUGUUCAUUACUUAGAAGUUUUGGGUGACAAGGAAGAUCAAAAAUCAGAAUACUCUUUAACUCAACAUUUGGCCAACAAUUUGAUUGAUAUGUAUGUUAAUUUACCAUCUUCGAACAGAUUCCGUCGUCCUGCUUCUUAUAUGUCUAAGGGUUACGAAUCUCGUCGUAUGGCAGUUGAUUAUUCGAUUCCAUUAGUCACCAACGUUAAAUGUGCCAAAUUAUUAGUCGAAGCGCUCGCUAGAAACAUUUCGUUAGAAGUUUCCGAAAUUGAUGCUCAAACUUCUCACAAGACUGCUGUUAUUCCAGGUUUAGUUAAUAUCAAUUCGUUUGUUUCUUCAUUUGAUGAAUUUGAAGCUACCACUCGUGCAUCAUUAGCAUCCGGAUUCACAUUCAAUACAUUCUUACCUCAAACUUCGGAUUGCUCGACUGUUUCAAACAUCGAAACUUUAGCUGAUGCUAUUGAGUCAGCAACAAAUUCUGCUUACACCGAUUUCUCAUUAUCAAUCGCUGCUUCUGAAACUAACUCGGAAGAAGCUGCGCAUGCAGCUGAAGAUGCUGGUGCCUUAUUCAUUCCAUUCAAUGACUUCAACAAGUCUAAAGUUUCAGCUAUUUCAUCACACUUUGCUUCAUGGCCAGAAAACAAAGCGAUAAUUACUGAUGCAAAGACAACCGAUUUAGCAUCAGUAUUAUUGUUAGCUUCCUUACACUCCAGGUCAAUUCAUAUAACUGGUGUUUCUUCAAGGGAAGACUUAGGCUUGAUUAUAAUGGCCAAGGAAAAGGAAUUACAGGUUACUUGUGAUGUUUCUGUCUAUGCAUUAUUCUUGUCUCAAGCUGAAUUCCCACAAUUAGACUUCUUGCCAACUAAAGAAGAUCAGAAUGCAUUAUGGAGUGGUUUAGAAAAUAUUGACUGUUUCUCCAUCGGUGUCUUACCAUAUUUAGUCUGCAAGGCUCUUAAUAAGAAGUUCUCUCCUGGCUUAGGUACAAAGGAAACCUUGCCAUUAUUAUUCAAUGCUGUCAAGGAAGGUCGUCUUACAACACAAGAUAUAGUUGAGCGUUUCCAUGACAAUCCAGUUAGAAUUUUUAACAUUCCUAAACAAGAAUCUUCAGUUGAAUUUGACAUAGAUAGGUUAGCUGCUUCUACAAAUGAUUCUGAAGUAUUGACUAUCGCAAAAGCUAAUUUACAAGGUGCUGUUAAUCGUGUUUCUUUCCAUAACGAAACCGUUUGUUUGGGAGGCGAAAUCUUAGCUGUGAAAGCUUUGGGCCAUAAUGGAGUUGAACCAAGAGCUAGGUUUGGAUCUGUCACAGGUAUUCCUUCAUCUCCAGCAUUAAGUAAUAAAAAAGCUAGAAUGUCAUUCAAUGAAGGUGCUCGUCGCCCAUCACUUCUUAGAGAACAAUCAUCUACACCAGCUGAAUUCGAAAAAUUAGGUGCUGAAUUAGUUUCUCAACCUCCAAGUGGUUCAGUUAGUGGAGAUAACAAUGCAUUGAUUAAUUACAUCAGAAAGAAUAAUACUUUCUUGCGUAAUUCUGUCUUGUCUGUCAAAGAUUUCACUCGUUCUGACUUACAUUCUUUAUUCACUGUUGCUCAAGAAAUGAGAUUGGCUGUUGAAAGACAAGGUGUUUUGGACAUAUUGAAAGGUAGAUUAUUAGCCACUAUGUUCUACGAACCAUCUACUCGUACUUCAGCUUCAUUUGACGCAGCUAUGCAAAGAUUAGGUGGUAGAGUUGUUUCAGUUGCAUCAGCAUCUUCCUCAGUUAAAAAGGGAGAAACAUUACAGGAUACAAUCCGUACUUUAACUUGUUAUGCUGACGCUGUCGUUUUGAGACAUCCAUCUGAAGAAUCCGUUGAUGUUGCCGCCAAGUACUCACCUGUUCCAAUAAUUAAUGGUGGUAACGGUUCUAAGGAACACCCAACUCAAGCAUUAUUAGAUUUAUUUACUAUCAGGGAAGAAUUAGGUACUGUGAAUGGUAUUACCGUAACCUUUAUGGGUGACUUGAAAUACGGUAGACCAGUGCAUUCCUUAUGCCACUUAUUACGUCAUUAUCAAGUCAGAAUUCAAUUGGUUGCGCCAAAGGAAUUAGCUAUGCCUGAAAACAUCAAGAAAAUGUUACAAGACAAUGGUAUGUUAGUUCUUGAGUCAGAAGUCUUAACCCCAGAAAUCAUUUCUAAGUCUGAUGUCUUAUACUGUACCAGAGUCCAAGAAGAAAGAUUCGAAGAUAAGGAACAAUAUUUGAGAUUAAAGGACACAUACAUUGUUGACAAUAAGAUCUUAUCUUAUGCUAAGCAACACAUGUGUGUCAUGCAUCCAUUACCAAGAACUAAUGAAAUUAGGGAAGAAGUUGACUUUGACCAAAGAGCCGCCUAUUUCAGACAAAUGAGAUACGGAUUGUUUGUCAGAAUGGCCUUAUUAGCCAUGGUCAUUGGUGUUGAUUUCUAA